UCCGCUAUUGCCUAAUAUAAACACUAGUAAAGUCGAUAAAUCAACAGCGGUAACGCAAACCGCUGGCGAAAAUGAUAAAUACUAUAUACAUAUAUCACCGAGUCACCGACAAAAUCGCUCCAGCUUAAGCCUCAAUUCGUGACCAAUCCAUUCGCCACAACAGCUGAACAGUCACGUGAUACCGUUCCGCCAGUCACACAAGUCUCCUUCUUGCCCAGCGGAAUAGAUAGCGCGAUAGUCCGCGAGUUUCCAUCCGCCUCCCCAUCGGCCUCUAGAUACACGAACGCUCACACCAUGGAAGGAUUUGAGCAUGCUUCGCAAGGAACAGACGUUUUCGCUGCACCGRUCCCUACCGCUUCUGCUGCACAACCGUGGUCGGCAAACGAGGAAAUCUACCCCCCAUGCGAACUGCRUAGCAAGGCGAUCCCGGAGCCGACAAUUCCUCCUGAUAGGAAUGCAGCCACGACUGGUACAGUACGACCUCCAAAGGAAUCACCGAAACCCUCACAGUUAGAAAAUCCUCUAAUGCAACUGGCUGAUCUGUUGAGUGAAAGGCGAACAAGAGAUUCACUGCCACUCCCAGAACCUGAAAUAUUCCGUGGAGAUUUGCUUCAUUACCCCAAGUGGCUAAAGUCCUUUCAGACCAUCGUGGAAGAACAAACUACCAAGCCGGCGAAGCGCCUGUACUAUCUUGGGAGGUACACAGCAGGUGAAGCAAAGGAGGCGAUAAGUGGGUAUGUCACCUUAGACACGGAGGAAGCAUAUCAGGAGGCCAAGGCUGUACUGAAGAACAGGUACGGAAAUUCUUUCCUUAUCGCGAAUGCCUACCGAAAGAAAAUAARCGAAUGGCCCAAGGUCCAACCCAACGAUGGUGUCAGCUUACGAAAGUUUUCAGACUUUCUGAACCAGUCGCUAAAAGCAAUGCGCACCACUUCAUUCCUGGACGCUUUAAACGAUCCUGACGAAAAYCAGAAAAUGGUAAAGAAAUUGCCACCUUACCUCGUCAACCGAUGGGCUAGAGAAGUGGAUCAUUGGAUGAACCAGGACACUCCAACUGCCGGUUAUCCACCGUUCUCACAGUUCUGCAGCUUCAUCCAAAAUGAAGCGAGAAUCGCCUGCAACCCCAUAAUCUCCAUGCGCGCUUUCAAGGCUGAAAGUGAAUCUAAACACAAGAACAGUGCGCACGACGGCCGUACCAGACCCUACGGCAGUGUAUCUCACGCAACGAAAACAGCCUCUAGAAGCGAUGAGAAAAGGCAAGAUCMCAGAAGUCCCACCUGUCCAAUGUGCAAGGAUUCACACUACAUAGAAACAUGUCCCCAGUAUCUCAAACUAACACAAAAGAAACGCAAGGAAUUCAUAAUAAAGGCUGGGCGGUGCCUUGGCUGUUUGAGAUGGGGUCACAAGAACAACGUGUGCCGUAAGAAGGUUUCCUGCGACGAGUGCAAGGGACCUCACCCAACAUCAUUACAUGAGGAMACUUAUGUACCACGUGAACAGCGACAUGCAGAAAAGGAACCUCCCAGCCCCAAAACAUCGAAUCGCAUUCAGAGCUCGCCAAGAGAUGAAGUAUACUCUGUCAGCUCACUGAUAGUCCCAGUAUGGUUGCACCAUGCAUCUGAUCCAGAGCGGAAACUGCUAGUUUAUGCUCUUCUAGACGAYCAAUCAGAUGCUUGCUUCAUAAAGGACUCUGUGGUGAAGAAACUAUCCCUAACCGGCCCACUCGUCGAUCUGAGCGUGGGCACGGUGAUGGGUGAAGGCGUGGAAAGGUGUAUGAAGAUAAGGGGCUUAACUGUAUGUGGCUUAAGUGAAAAUGCCGACAUACCUCUACCAGGUGCGUACUCACUUGACAACAUUCCCGCAAGACGCAAUCAAAUCCCAAGACCAGAAGUGGCACGUGACUGGCCUCAUUUAGAGCAAAUAGCCGAACGGUUGAUGCCUUACAGGGAAGACGUCGAAGUUGGAAUCCUCAUAGGUUCCAAUUGCCCACGUGCCAUAAAACCGCGUGACGUCAUACCAGGCAGAGAGGACGACCCAUACGGCCAGAAGACAGCGCUAGGAUGGGGAAUCAUAGGCWCAGUGGAUCCCAGCCGACUAGAAAAUGAAGAUCAUCUAUACAYGACCAAUCGUGCAGUCACGCAGUCAGACAUCCGUGACAACAGAUGUCAUAUCACAUUUCAAACAGAAUCCAAAGAGAUUAUCUCUCCUGCACUGAUAAACCAGAUGUUCAUGACGGACUUUAUCGAGAAGAGCAGUACGAAUCAAUCAGAAGAAAAAUCCCUGUCCCGCGAUGAAAUGAACUUUAUCAAAAUCCUCGAGAGCGGUGUCAAGCAUUUAGAUAACGGUCAUUACGAAUUACCUCUACCUUUGAAGACUGACCAGGUAUCGUUACCCAACAACCGACAGAUGGCCCUGAGCCGUCUGAACAACCUCAAAAGGCGUUUCGAUGCGGAUUCAACUUAUAGCGAACAUUACCGGAAUUUCAUGCAAGAGGUAAUAAGUAAGGGCUUCGCCGAGGAAGUCCCCGAAGMAGAGCUCUCAAUCAACGAUGGAACAGUAUGGUAUAUCCCGCAUCAUGGCGUUUAUCACCCCAAAAAACCUGGGAAGAUU